GUGCGGGAGGGGAGCGCGUUCGUCGCUGGGCGGCGGAGGGAGCUCGGCCCUCCCCGCCAGGAAAUAAGGGUUGAACUCACGCCAGGCCCUGGAAUGGGCUGUGAGGAGACCCCCGCCCAGAUCCCGAGAGCUUGGGCGGGGCAGAAAAGGCUGCGGGAGCUCCGGUGCUCUGGGAGCUGCAGCGGAAUGCAGAGGGAAAGGGAGCCGAGGCGGGGCGGCGUCUGAGCCCGGGAUUAGACUGCACCUGCCUGGGGAGGGAGAAUGCUCUCUAGGUGAGACAACGGACAGCUAGCAUCUGAUUGGAAAAUACCUGUUGAAAUGCUGCCAGGGAACAGCUUUGCCGUGAAAGGAUUCCUCCCGCGGCGCUCCCACCGGGGAAGGACCGCGCGGUGGCUCUCGCUCCCGUUCCUUGCCUGUUGCCGGCCGUUGGCGCAGCUCCGCUCCCUGUGCCGGCCCCGGAGAUAGCGGCCUCCCUGGUGUCAUACCCGCGGCUGCUGUCGCUGGAGAAGCCUUAUAAAAGGUCACCAGCGAGGUCUCUACACGGUGUCGCUGGCGCGUGGCGCCCAAAGAUGCCGAAGUCUGUAGGUUUGCGCUUCGGAGCGUUCCGUGCACGGGCGUUGGUGAACAGGGAGCUGCACGAGGGAGAAGGAGGACACACGUGAGAGAUUCGAUUAAUUUCGCCUUUCUCGGCUUCCCUGUUGCCUUCUGGAGCGCGUUGUCCUGCAGAGUCACCUGCAGGCAAAGCAAACCGCAGCACCGGGAUUGAAUCAUCCAUAAACAAAAGUUCGUGAUAAAGCCAAAGUCAGUAACUACACUAUUUGGGGAACUGGCACGAUAGUAAAAUAUUUGAAGUUCCAAAGGUCAGUAUUUUCUAAAGCAAAUGAGUCGGAAAAGCAUUCAGAUGAAGGCCUGAACGGCUUGGUAGGAAGUUUUUUAAGCAUAUGUACCAAAUGCCGUUCCAGAAUAGAUCAUUUAACAGCAGGCUUGAUUGCUCAAGUAAUAUUUCAAUUGUUCUUUGAUAAUGUUUUGAUAAACAUUGAUAAAUUGAUAAAAUUUUUAUCAGCUAGCAAGGAAAUUUUGUUAAUUUGAUUGGUAUGUAAUACUGCUGUUGUUGAUUAGGCAUUAAUAACUAACUGCAAUUAGCAAAGCUGGAGGAAACUUUGUUUCUUACCAGAGAAACUGGAAGUUCACCUUUAGGUCACUUUCAGUUCUGCAAACUGCACCUUGGAUAGUAAUCCCUUUUUGUGAUAAAAGAUGUUGAGUCACACACAAGGCCAAAAUAAACUGUUCUCUAGAGCUUGGUAUAUGACAAUUAGAAUUACAGAAGGCAAGCCUUUAAGGAGAGAGGAGGAUUCUGAGAAGAAAUAGAGAUGGCUAAGGAUUCUGUAGUUAAGGCAAUAGGAGUUUUAAUAAAAUUUCUCUAGCUGACUUUAAUAAAAUGCACUACUUUCACUUGAUAAAAUGGAAAAGGUGUUAGACAUGUGAAUUUCGUGUGCCUUUUACUAAAUCACUGUUGUGAGAUCCUGGAUCCGAAUCUCACUGAAUUAUUGAUAUGGGUCAGAACCAACUCCCUGUGAGUGUGUGUGUGCAUGUGGGGAAGGGCUGGGCCUGGACCUGCAGAUCUCUGGUAAGGCCUGCGCAUAAGGCCUGUGCUGAGGGUACAAGGCAAAGCUGGAGGGCAAGGCCUGCAGCCCAUGCAGAGCACAGGGCAUCACUGAAGGCCCUGCAGUUGGGCUGUCAGUCAAGGCAGACCUGACUGGUAGCCUGUCCACACUACACCCCUGCAGCCUGUGACUGGCCACAGCAAAACUCACUCUAGCCUGGAAGGCACUGACUGGAUAUCCUGCCUGGGAGGGAAAAACUGAACUCUAUAAAUACUCCAUAUGGUCUCUCUCUCCCUCCCUCUGGUCUCUCCUGCAGCCUGAACCAUGUGAGUUGGUAACAAUUUCUUUCCCCUUCUCCUCCUUCUCUCUUCCUCUCCAGCUGGCACCACGUGAAUCAUUGAAUCUUGUCAGAAACUAUUCUCCUUUCUCUCUCUCCUUUCUUUCUGUCUUUCUUUCUUUCUUUAUUCUUUCUAAUCUGUUUUCUUUUACUCUUUUCCUUCUUUUGUGGGUAACUUAAAACCAAUGAACUGCAUUUUACUAAAGCUGUUGAAUGGAUUGUUUAGUGGGUGUUUUCUGUGGAAUGGGUCUUUGUGCUGAAUGUUUUAGUGAUAUACUUUUUUUCUUGGUUGUAUUUUACUCCUGUAAAAACCUUUUGCCAAAUAUCCUUUUUUUUCUCACUAAAUUAAAAAGAGUUUCUCUCAGAGAAGAGCAUAUGACACUUUCUCUGGACGCUAAUUAGAGGUUAUAAUGAACCAAAAGGCCUUUAAAAACUCUUAAAUAAAAAUGUAACCACUCUGGUCAGUUUAUAGCUUAAUCCAGAGUGCAACAACUUUUUCAGAAUUUACACAGAAAACUGGUUAACAAUAGCUGAAUUUCUAGGAUUCUCUCUACGUAAGAAGAUGGCAUUUUUUCCAGAAAGCCCUGCAUUGCAGUCAGUGAGCAGUGGAUCCUAUGUGCACCUUUGGGAAAAGGUACAUUUCCAUAAAAUUAAUGUUUGUGCUUUCUUUGAGUGUUGGCAAAGAGGUCAUAGUUGGAAAAUAAAUGUCUUAAAGGAUUUUAUAAGGUAUAUAUUUGAUUAGAAGGUUUCAGUUAUGGAAUUGAAACAGUUAAACCAUGAAUUAUAGUUGUAUUUUAAACUUUUUUAUUUUCAGUUUUCUCAUCAACUGACAGUCCAUAGAAAACCUUUGUUUGCUUCAGAGUAGGACCGUAACUGUGAAAUGUCCUUUUGUGUAUGCUUGGAAAAGUCUCUACAAGGUUGUUGAACUUCAGCAGCUGUUUGCCAUGCUGUAUUUAUUUGAACCCCCAUGGUUAGCAAAUAAGCCCACUAAUGACAGCUCUAUCUAUCAGCAAGUGCAUUACUUUCUCAUUGUUCUUUCUGCAGGCUUGCUAGAGUCUGGAAAUGCCUCACAGAAGCUCAGAGCCAAGAAAACAAUAGUUAUUGGAAACCUAAGUAGGAGACAAGCUGAAAUACAAGGUGUACUGCAUGUUCUAGAAGUGAUAAUGUAAGAAUGCCAUUUUGGUAUCCUUAAACAAGCUCCAUACAUAGAAUCAAUGGAAUUGCUCUAGAUGGCUUUUAACAAAGAACAACAUCAUUAACAGUUUCAAAGGAAACCAGUUUUGUCCAUACAUACAGAAAUAAUAACUUGUGAAUUAUGUGAUUCAUAUCAUGGUUUGUCCUUUUUUUUUUUUCUUCCCCUACAAGAUGAUUAUACUUAGAAGUUCUGUGUUUGGAACUCUCUGAUCCUUUUUUCUGCAUCCCCACUGGUGUCUGAAUGGGUUCCUUGUUAGUUUUGUGAGCACUAUGAGAGAGCAGGUGUACUUCCUGGGUGCCCAAGUAAUUUCCUUAUACUGAGGAAGACCUAAGGCUUACUGCUGUUUUCCCUCUCUCCUCUAUGGCUGUCUGGUUUCUGCUGAGGAGAGACCUUGCAGAUGGGUGGGAAUCAAAGCACAGUUCCAUAGGUUUUGUAUCUGGGUGGUCAGGAGCAGAUGCUGUAUGUACACAGUGAAAUUUGCUCCAUACUUUAGAUCUUGCCUCUGGAAAGUAAUCUUGAAGGUUUUUCUUUCCAACUUCAACAGAAUAUAUUAUUAAUUUGGUGGCUGAUUUUUUUUUCCUUUAUCCCAGUAAGAAUUUUACUAUGAAGUGCCUUAAUGUUUAGUGAUACCCAUAACAUGUUUCAAGUUUAAUGUAUUGAGGAAUACUUGACAUCCAAGUGGCUCAGCCUGCAAGCUGCAAGUUGAAAUACAAACUGGGCUCUGGGUGGGAGCACAAGAUGAGGCCGUGAACUGCCAAUGUUUGGGAUCACAAAGGACACGAAGACGACUUUGUCAGCUGUUUGAUAACAAAGGAGAUGAAGACAGGUGAUGCCAGCGAGGUGGAUGGGCAUGGAGAGGGGAGGCAGGAGGAGAAGAUAGAGAAGGAAGAGCCAGACUGGUGUGUGUGGGAGACUGUGAAGGUAUGAAAAAAGCCCAGGUGUUCUAGGCUCAGGGCUUGUUCUUGGAGGGACCGUCUUGAGUUGUUGUUGUGUUACUGUGCCAGGAAUAAAUUGCCUUGUGGAACGUCUUAGACUGCUGAGGGAAACUUUGGGUUGAACUGAUAAGGAAGUAUGGUCUGUCUGUGUGUGAGUGGGGUGAGUGAGGUGUGUAGGGAGUCCAGUGGGAUGCCCAUCAGCUUUUUGGAGCUAACCACUGUGAAGGGCCUUUGGUCCCAGCAGUGAAAGUCUCUGGUUCUUGUAAGAGUGACCACCAGUGAGUCUCAUGAAUGAUCAGACUGGGAAGUUUUAUUAACAAAUGAAGCGUUAAAAAAUGAGAAAUGAGAAACUGCUCUCGUUGGAGGAAGUUAUCUGUUGACUUAAAUCAAAAUAGAACUGUGUGAAAAAAUCUGAGCAGGCUGAGUGGACUGACUAACAACAUUCAGUUUGGAUAAAUGCAGACAAUCCAGGAUGAAAGAAAAAAAUGCUUGUUACACUAUUUUUUCCCUGCUUUUUAAUAUUUCUAAAUUCCAUAUGUCCACUUUGGUGUCAUCUCUAUAGAGUGGAAAAUUACCUGUUUAAAAUCAUCUCUUAUCGAUGUGGUGAUGUACCAUGUAAAAAAAUAUUUUUAAUUUUUUUUUCUUAAUUUACAUUAGUGAUACAGCAUUAUUUGGAGUAACUCAUGCUUAGUGAUCACCUCAUUAAAGAAGUAUGCCAGAUGUAGAUUUGGAUGGUUAGAAAAAGUGUUUAAGGGCUAAGGAAAAACUUAAAAUUAUUGUGGAAAAAUGGAAUGGUAUAAAAAAUAAGAUGCCUAAAACAAUACUGAACCAAAAGCAUAACAGCUGAAUUGAAAAAUCAAAAUUUAUAAAGGGCAAUACUUUUUAUGUGCCAUAACUAUGGUUUGGAUUUUAUUUCUCUGAGAAUCUGCUGAGGCUGUUGCAGUAUUGCAGAGCAGUGGGAUACUGAUAUGAACCCCAAGAACAUCUGGAUCUGUCGUUCAGUCUGUCACACUUCGUAAAGGAUUGUCGGAAAAUAAACUUCAGCUCAGUCAGACCCAAUACAGGAAUGUAAGCGUUAAUCGGCUAGUCAGAGACGGAAAAGGGCCACUAAGAAAACAUAUUUGGAUGUAUUUGGGAGAAGCUGGGUGCGCCACUGCUCCCUGCUGUCCGUGUUGCUGAGCUAUGGUAUGUGGUUGUUGCGGCAGAAAAAGGCAGCAGCUAGUCGGGGAAGAAGGCCGGGGGAUCUCAGCACGGUGGGUGACACAUCUUUGCGAAGCAGCUCGCUCUCCUUACUGCCCUCGUUCCCCGGUGGCUCAGGAGCGCCGGGUAGAGCGAAGCCGGCGGAAGCUCCGCUCUGUGAGGCAGGGGCAGAGCGCGGCUUCCCGCGGCCUCGGGAAGGAACCGCCCCGCUCUCUGCGGGGCUCGCCCGCCCUUUCGGUUUCGGUUCCACCGGAGCGGGCGGUGCUGCGGGAAACGAAACUUCGUGCGGCGCCAGGGUGGGCUGCACCGCUCCGGCUGCUGGAGCGGCGGGUCCUGGAGCAUCUGCUGCGGCUCGCAGGUUCACAAUUGUGGUCAAACUAAAUGAUGUGGAAUAUGGUACAGGCACUGGUAAAAGUAAGAAAGAAGCAAAAAGAGUAGCAGCAAAAAAAACGUGGGAAAUGAUUGAGAAACAGAGUCCUUCAAGUAUGGGUGCUGCAGAAUCAGCAACAACUCAAACAAUCUCAUCACCUGAACCAGACAGAGACUAUGUCAGUCUACUGAAUAUUUUUGCACAAAGGACACGGCUACAGGUUGAUUAUCCUGAAAGAACUCGUACUGGAGAUGCCCAUGCUCCUAUAUUUUCUUGUAGCUGUACAAUUAGUGGUCAGGUGUAUGGAAGGGGCACUGGAUCUACUGUAGCUGCUGCAAAACAAGCUGCUGCAAAACAAGCAUUUGAGAAGGUGGAAACUGAAAAAUCUAAUGGCAAUUCAAUACUUAGCAUACAUAGUGAUUCCUCUGAAGUGCCAACUCAGUCUGAUUCGAACAGUAUUUCCUUUGAAGACUCAGCUCCAAUGUUGGUAGAAAAAAUGAAAGACAUGGCAGUAUGUGAAAAGCUUUCACCUUCUCAGAGAAAUGCACAGAGUUCUGCCCUGAAGUCCAAAAGAAAAUUGGCAGCUAAUUUUCCUAACGUAAGAAAAGAGGAAGAGAACAAAAAUAUGUCAGAUUCAGAUGAAAGUUUGCCGGAUGUGGACACGAAUACCAGAAAAGGGAAUGGAAAUCCACACACUGUUGAUAAAACAUUUCUUGGUAAUUUUAAAAAUAUAGAGCCUAUUGGUGAAGGUGGUUUUGGGAAUGUUUUCAAGGCAACAUCAAAGUGCGAUAAGACAACCUAUGCAAUCAAACGAGUUGAAUUCACAAAGAAUGUAAGACGUGAAGCAGAAGGACUUGCAAGACUUACACAUGAAAACAUAGUGCGGUAUCAUUGCAGCUGGAAAGGGUACGACCAUAUAACUAGUCGAGAUGCAAGCCUGAAUUCAGACAAAACAACUCGCUGUCUUUUCAUCCAAAUGGAAUUCUGUGAAAAAGGGACCUUGGAAAAAUGGAUUGGAGAGAAUAGAGAACACCAAAACUAUCAUGAAAUGGCACAAAACAAAUUUUUACAAAUAAUGAAAGGAGUGGAAUAUAUUCAUUCUGAAAAGUUAAUUCAUCGAGACCUCAAGCCUCCGAAUAUAUUCAUAUCACAUGAUGAUAAAAUAAAAAUAGGUGACUUUGGUCUUGUGACUCCUGUGGCAUAUGAGACUCUGACUAAGAACAUAGGAACAAAAUCAUAUAUGGCACCAGAACAGUUCGGUGACAGAUAUGGAAAGGAAGUAGAUAUUUAUGCACUGGGACUAAUUUGGUUUGAAAUUCUUUCAGCACUUACUAAUCAUGAGAAAAAUGAGGUAUGGCCUUCUGUUAGAGAAGGUCAUUUUCCAAAGAGUUUCACCAAUCAAUUUCCACCAAAGGCAUCCAUAAUCAAAAAGAUGCUUUCAACAGACCCUUCCAAGAGACCCUCUGCAACUCGAAUACUUGAUCUUGUUAAGUCUGUUGAUAAAGAGAAGUCACUUAAAAAUCAUACUUGUUAAAUAAGCCCUU